UGAUACCAUUGAUCCAUCUGAGAAUGCAGCUAACCAUGGAAACCGUUACGAUCACCCUGAGUCGAUUACCAGCCCCGCUGGCAUGUCCUCCAUCCCUACCCACGCUCUCACCCCCCACGUGGAUGGUGAGAAUCCUGAUCACGUGACAGCGUGCUCCCCUACUAAGAAGCCGGUCUGCUAUACCAUUGCCCCAACGCCUGAAGAAUAUGCCAGUAGAUCCGCCAAAGGUCGUGGCAAGAAGCCUAUGAGAAGCAACGAAGCUAGACUCAAAGACGAGAUUCGGGGACUCUCUCCUGAUUUCCAAGCUUUGAUUAUGAAUGACCACAAAGACUACACUGAUGAAGCUCGGAAAUAUCCUCUUUUCGCGAUUACGGUCAAUCCAACUUACACAGAGAAAGUUAACUCUGAAGUUUGCUUGUCAUAUUAUGUUGAAGUGCAAACUAAUAUGAUGAAGCGCCAGAUUCGUUUUUCUACCAACCAAUUGACGGAAGUUCAAGAAAAGCAUGCGGAAUAUCAUGCUAAAGACAAGUUCGUGCGAGAAUUUUCGUCUGACAAAGCGACUGCAAAGAUGUUACACCACCAAGAGCUUUACAAGCAAUGUGAAAUCAGGUAUAUCGAAAUCGACGUCGACCCUAUGGACGAAACGCCUGACGAAGAGACGCAGCAGUUGUUGGCCGAGAAGCUGAAGUUGGAAAAGGCAGGCGAAUCCCAUAAGUUCGAGUACGAGAGACAAAACAAGUCCCUCAUUGAAUACGACAACGCCAAAUCCUGGCUCCAGGCUAACCCAAUUAACGAAGGUGAAAUCCAAGAAAAGCGUCAACAACUUAAGUCGCUUCUCGAUGAAUACAAGAUUUUUGCGGGUUCGACGAUCCAGUUUCGUCAAGCUGAAUCUGGAUAUCUUGUCUUUGACCACGGCGAAUUUGGGAUUGGAUACAAAGAGCUUCUUCCAAUUGUUGGUGACACGUUCACCAAGGAAGAACUCGAGAACUACCGCGGAUCCUAUCCAGUGAACUACCAGUUAGACGUGAAACGUUAUUUCGACAACAUCCCCCUUUGUAUGACACCGCCACCCCAGUCACUCGAUGACCUCUAUGAGGAUGACAGUGACGACUUUGAACGGACAGCAGAGACAUGGCUUGCUCUUGAAAGCUGUGCAAUUAUGAGGAUCACAUCUGUCGGUGACACCAGCCCUAUACAAGGGAGAGCUAUUUUCACCACAAACUGUGGUGAAAUCAGAAAGAAGAAGCACAUCGAAGCUCAUUUCGAAGAAUCAAAAGUGAACUACGAAAUAAUUCGUGAGGAACCCGUAGACAUCCAUCAAUCGUGGUCUAAAACGGUCUCCCGUAAGACUCUCCUUAAGGUCUACAUUAAUUUCUCUUUCGAAGGGAAGGCCCCCAAGCUGUGGAUCACCGACGGUGCAAGGACGACCAAUCUCAAGAUUAUUCGACAAACCACUACGGUAUGUCAUUACUGCCGUCAACCGGGCCAUCACAUUAGGGAUUGCCUCAAGUACUGUGACAAUUGCAAGCAAAAGCACUACAGUCGCAAUUCAUGUAAGUUCGCGUCUUGCUACGCCUGUGGCAUGAAACAUUGUGGCGAGUGGUGCGAGAAAGCAUCCAAGAAGACCAAGAAGGCCAUCGAAGAGCGUGCGAAAGCUCGUCCCCACUACGCAAGGAAGCGUACCGCUGCCUCAGUACCAAUCCAACAGACGAACCCCGAAGCCCCCUUAGUGGAUACCCCUUCAGCCCAACCAAUUUUUGGUUCUACCCAAGCCCAACCCAUCUUGGGUGCUAUCCAGGAAUCUGCCGUGAAUGAUGCUAACGGCGUCCACAGAAAGAGAAAGACUCGCAACCAGAACGUCAAAGCCUGGAAAGCGAGACAAACUACCACUACCAAGCCAGUGCCUGAUGCUGAUGGAUGGACAGUUGUCCCAGGGCGGGCGACGCCCCCCGUCGAGAAGCGCCAAGCUUCCCCCCCUAGAAUGGAGAACCCAUUCGGCGUUUUAUCUGAAGAUGAAGCGGACCCUACCGACGAUGUCGCUGAGAAAGUUGAAGAACUUCAAAGACCAGACUGGACUAUGCCAGUUGGCUCUGCGAGUUACGCAUCUUUCUCCUCCACUGUGACUCAAACCUCCUCUGGUCCCCUGGCUCCAUGGCGGCCUGUUUCGCAGACGCUGAUUUUGCCAGGUCAGAAGCCGGUACUACAUGAUGAAGAUGAUGACUUAUAUCAACUUGCUUCGCAGUCUUCGAGUGUUCACGUUCCCCCAGGGGAUCGUGCCAUCCCUGUAGACUCUGAAGCCCGGUUGUGA